GGAUGAAUACCACACAUCACAACGAUGAAGAUCCACUGUCUUGUUUCAUACGCGUUGGUUUGUGGCGUCAUUUCGGUGGCUCUCGGAGCAUCAUCGUUUGCGGGGGAAUUAAGGCAUUUGGCCAGACGACAGGAAUCCUUCGAAUGCAUACCGCCCCCGCGGGUAGAAAUCGCUUUCUGUUUAGACGCCUCCAAGAGCAUCGAUUUUGAUGAAUUCAAGGCCAUACUUGGUUUUCUCAAGGAAUUCAUCACAGCAUAUAAGAUAGGACCAGACGCGACACAGGUUGCCUUGGCAACGUUUAGCUACGAAACAAGAAUCAUUUUUGAUCUAAAUGAUAACUCCGACUUGGAUGGUAUUAUUGGUGAUAUCGACGAGUUGGCCUCAAAAAAGGCAAAGGAGGUUCAAGGAGGUAGGACGAACACGUCUGGCUGUUUGUACAAGUUGAAAGACGAGAUAUUAACGGAAGAGAACGGUAUGCGCGCUGACGUGGAGAAGAUAGCAAUCGUUGUUACUGACGGGCGGCCAAACGAAGACAAAGAGUUGACAGUACCGUAUGCCAACAACAUUAAAAACGAUGGUACCAUAAUUUUCGCCAUUGGGGUUGGAAAAAGACUGAAACCGUAG